AUGAAGAACACUAACAGCAACACAAAAUUCAUCCUCCUCCAUCCAUAUAUCCAAAAACAAGGAACCUCAAACCGCCUAUGGCUUCUAGCAUUCAUAUCCUUCUUCACCCUGGCCUUCCUUGCAACCCUCAUUUACACCAGAGACACAACCUCAUCCACCAUUACCACUGCCUCUUCCACCACUUUAUCCACUUUCACCAACACCCCUUUACCUUCCUCCGUCAUCAACACCCUCCUUCACUAUGCAUCAAAAUCCAAUGACACAUACCACAUGCUCCACUCAGACCUCAAAACCAUCUCUGACGUGCUCCGAAAGUGCCCAUCACCAUGCAACUUCCUCAUCUUUGGCCUCACCCCAGAGACCCUCCUCUGGAAAGCCCUCAACUACAACGGAAGAACUGUUUUCAUCGAUGAAAACCGGUACUACGCCGCAUACUUCGAAGAAAAGCACCCCGAGAUCGAUGCCUAUGACGUGCAAUACACGACAAAAAGGAGCGAGAUGAAGGAGCUAAUUGCUUCAGCUAAAGAACAGGUGGGAAACGAGUGCAGGCCAGUGCAGAAUCUUCUGUUUUCUGAAUGCAAGUUAGGACUCAACGAUCUUCCCAACCACGUUUAUGAAGUGGAUUGGGAUGUGAUAUUGGUGGAUGGUCCAAGAGGUGACUGGCCCGACGCUCCCGGCAGAAUGUCUCCGAUCUUCACCGCCGGCGUGCUUGCCCGGAGCAAGAAGGGUGGGAACCCGAAGACGCAUGUUUUUGUGCAUGACUUCUCAGGGAAAGUGGAAAAGGUUUGUGGGAACGAGUUUCUGUGCAAGGAAAAUUUGGUGGAGACAACGCACUCUUUGGGACAUUAUGUGCUGGAAAAAAUGGACGAGAGUAGCGUCAAGUAUUGCAAGAAUCAUAACCACUCAUCAGGGUCUGCUUCUUCGUCUUAG